AUGACAGAUCGAAUAAGAAAUUCAACAACUAAUCAACCACACCAUACAAAUGAACCUCCUGUUCAAAUUAAAGCUCGUAAAACUCGGCAAGAGUAUACGCGACGCGGGUUACUUGGUGAGGGUGGAUUUGCCAAAUGCUAUGCGGUGGUUGACUUGAAGGAGAAUUUAUAUGCAGCAAAAGUUGUUUGGAAGGAGUCGCUUUCAAAGAAUCCAAAGAAUAAGCCAAAGCUUCUAUCCGAAAUCAAAAUCCACAAAUUAAUGGAUCACCCAAACAUUGUAAGAUUCCAUGAAGCAUUCGAAGACGACGCUUUUGUAUAUCUAAUAUUAGAGCAUUGUCCCAAUAAAACUCUCUUAGAAAUGAACAAAUUCCGAAAACGUCUAACAGAACCCGAAGUCCGAUUCUUUCUCUGUCAGAUACUAGACGCCUGCAGGUACAUGCACCGUGCAAGCGUCAUACAUCGAGAUCUAAAACUGGCAAAUCUAUUGUUGUCGGAAGAUAUGAAGGUCAAGAUUGGUGAUUUUGGAUUGGCGACGCAGCUUCAGGAUGCGUCUGAACGGAAAAAGACAAUUUGUGGUACCCCGAAUUAUAUAGCGCCUGAGGUGUUGUUCGAUAAGACUGGGCAUAGUUAUGAGGUGGAUAUAUGGUCGGUUGGGGUGAUAGUAUAUACUCUACUUUUCGGUAAACCUCCUUUUCAAACAAAAGGAAACGUAGAGGACAUAUACCGAAAAAUCAAGGAACACAAAUACGAUUUUCCAUCAAACAUUAGUGUAUCUUCCGAUGCUAAAGACUUGAUAAAUUAUAUGCUGACACAACAACCAGCAUCGGCCCAACAUAGACCAAGUGCUAAACCAUUCCUUCUUCAAAGGCUUCACGCCAACAAGACUACCAACGUCUGCACUACGAAUAAGACCGGAUUUCGAUCAAAUACCGACUCGUCACCCGCUGGUUGUAUUACAAGACAACCGAAACAAGCAAGUACAGACGACAACUGGACCAAAAGAUUCAUUGCAACUCUUAAAACCAUCAAUCACAAAAAAACUACCAACAUCUGCACUACGAAUAAAACCGGAUUUCGGUCAAAUACCGACUCGUCGCCCGCUGCCUUCAAAACUCAUCAACAUUCGGCCAUUGGUGCAGCAUACGAUACAAUAGAGAGAGCCUUUGCCGAAAGUAAAUUAGAAAAAUUUCAAAUUCCUUCGCCGUUGUCGUCAUCAGAAGCGCCCGCACCACCCGCCGUAUUCAUAACAAAAUGGAUAGACUACUCCACCAAAUUUGGUAUUGGAUACGAACUCACAGAUGGCUCAGUCGGCAUGUACCUAAACGACAAAUCAACGCUUGUACUCUCGCCUGAUGAAUUACACUUUGAAUUCAUCUCCACGCGACUCAAACGUUCUCUACACACAUUGAAAGACUAUCCAAGCUCAUUAGCAAAAAAAGUGGGUUUGCUGAACAAUUUCAAAUCGGCGCUGGCAAAACCAAUGUUCAAGUCGUACCCGUACUCUUGUGUCGACAAAAACCGUACGGACGGUAUGAUUUUCUUAACAAAAUAUACAAAGACGGCGCAUGGGAUACUGUUUCGGUUGAGUAAUCGAGUGGUUCAGGUCAAUUUCUACGAUCACCAUAAAUUCCUAUUAUCAGAUGACGGACGAGUCGUCACCUGGAUAAACAGUGAUCAAGAAAUGAAAACUCUACACGUUAACAAUGAGAUAUUUAGCGGUCAGUAUCCGGUGAUUGUCAGUCGGCUUAAGUAUAUUCGGGAGAUUCUGAAAAGAAUGCUAGCUGGACGAGAAAACAAUGACAAUUCAAAAAAGUCCUCGGAAUAA